AUGGAGGGGCUGAGGAGGGGCAUUGGGUGGCCGACGGUGGCGGUGGUGUUAACAUGCGCUGCGCUGGUGAUGAUACCGGAGGUAUCGUCGACUCGGUUCAUCGUGGGAGGGAACAUGGGCUGGACUACCAAUUUUAACUACACUGUUUGGGCCCAAGGCAAACAUUUCUACAACGGCGACUGGCUCUUUUUUGUGUAUGACAGGAACCAGAUGAACGUGCUCGAAGUGAAUUCAACAGAUUAUGAUGCAUGCAAUUCUGAUCAUCCAGUUCAUAAUUGGACUACUGGAGCUGGAAGAGAUGUGGUUCCUCUCAAUGUGACGCGGGAUUACUAUUUCAUUAGUGGCAAAGGAUUCUGCUAUGGAGGCAUGAAGGUAGCAGUCCAUGUCGAAAACCCACCACCCCCACCAGUAGCUGCUCCAGUAAAAAGUGGCUCUACAAGAUUUACUUUCAGAGCCCAGAUUGUGGUACCAGCUGCUUUUGCCAUUGCUGCAUUGUGGGACUCCUUCCUCCAGUUAGCAGUUUAGCACUUCUGUCUCAUCUUUGUCCGUUGCUUACCUCAGUUUGUGCAAGAAAGUCGAGUUGUGGUUUUUCUUUUUUUUUUUUUUUUUUUUUUUAAUUUAAAUCAUUUUUUAUGUGUUCUUUCAUCAUAGUGUGCCCUGAAAAUUAAUUAUAUUCCAAAUUAUUGUUGUGCAAGGGGCUUGAAACGUGUUCAUUGUGUUGACUCAGGCAUCAAAACAAUUGUUAAAAAAACGUUUUGUUAAAGAUAGCAAGUGCGUGAAUUGCGGAGAUGGUCUAGUAUGUUGCUUGUCUCGACUUUAUGCCAAGGCCAGUAAUGGCUCUGCGCUGGCCACUAGACAGGGUUGUUACUAGUAGGCCAAGCA